ACAGAAAUCAGCAUUGUUACCUCUGAGCUUACAUUCCAAAGUCAAUCAAUUGCCAUUAUCAACUAGUCACCAUGGUCAAGACAGUGUCCUUGUUUGGAUUUCCCACUGUGGAGUCUCCAGAAGCAGUGACAAAAUUUCUAGAGGAGUAUACUGGAGAAGGAACUGUUCGGUGUGUGAAUGUUCUUCCUCCAAAACGUAGAGGAUCAAGAUCAUCUGCCAUAGUUCAAUUCACAACUGCAGAAUGUGCUGAAAUAAUACUUCCAUUAGCCGAUGAUCGAAGACUCUGGUAUGGAGAGUCUUAUCUGAAAGCUCGAGAAUGGAAGGGUCACAUAGCACCAAGAUCAACAGCCAUGGCCACCAUCUCAGAGAUCCCUCCCGAGACCAACAACCCUCCUACCAACCCCCCUACCACCAAUGCUCCUGUCAACACCACUACCCAAACAGUUAUCAAUACCACAACUGCCAAUUUUCUCACAAUCAAGCUGGACCCCAACAAUUAUUCCUUGUGGCUUGCCCAAAUCACUCCACUCCUCGAAAGUAAAAACCUUAUGGGUUUUGUCAAUGGCACCAAACUUUGUCCUCCGGCGUUUCUGCGCUCUGCAUCUGGAGAACUCACAGAUGCUAUUAAUCCGGCUUAUGAAGAAUGGAUGGCCACCGAUCAAAUGAUUCUCGGCUGGAUCAAUGAAUCCUUAACCCCCUCAGUGUUGUCCACAGUCUCCCGCUCCAUCUCAUCUCACACAACAUGGGCCUCUCUCUCUCGCCGAUAUGCUUCACCAAAUCAUAAUCGGAUUCUUCAGCUAUGCAGCACACUCCUUCGCACAACACGAGGAGAUUUGUCCAUCUCUGACUACUUAGACAAGAUCAACCAAGUGGCUGAUACACUUGCACUCUCUGGCCAUCCUGUUGCUGAUGAAGAUCUCAUAUCCAUUAUUAUGAACAACGUCGGACCCCUGUAUGAACACACUAUUAGUUCUGCCCAAGCUCGCGACACACCGAUUACCUAUGAUGGUUUGGAGGCCCUUCUCUUGGCUGCUGAGAGCAGGUUGCGCAACCACAACAUCAUAACCCUUGAAUCUGCUCCUACAGCUUUGGUCACAAACCACUCCUCCACCGGCGGUUCCCGUGGUUGUGGUUCAUUCAAUAGCUCUCCAAGAGGCCGUGGCAAUUAUUCUCCACGGGGGUCUUUCUCUGGACCCUCUUCCUACAGCCGGGGUUCCAACUUUCCAACUCAUCGCUUCUCUGCCAUGGCUGCCGCUGCUACAUCACCCCAAUCCUCCUCCUCGGCCUGGCUCCUUGACACGGGUUCUAAUACCCAUAUUACCAAUGAUCCCAAUGCUCUCACUAAUGCUCGUUCAUACAACGGCACAGACACUGUCAGUGGUGUUGUUUCUGGCCCAGGUUUGCAGAUCUCCAAUGAUAUAGAACAGAUGGCAAUAGAGAUUGAAGAGCAGAUCGAUCGAAACAAGUCCAAACCUGGUUUACUCAAGAUUUGGCGUUCGGUGUCCGAUUGACUAUUAUGAUACAUUUCUGGAAGCGGAACGACUCAAUGAACCAAACUCGUCGCUUUGCCACGAUAUAUGGGCUUUUUAGACCAUCUGAGUCCGUUUAGGCCUUCAAAAUACAGAUAUACUUGUUUUCAACAAUUAUUUUUAAUAGUUUGUUUUGAAGUUGGUUUUCUUUUAAUCCGUAGGCUUUUAGGUUUUGAUGUUAGUUACUCUAGGGUUUAUUUGCUCAUAUAUAAGG